AAGUAAAAUCAAAAAUGUAAAUAAACAUGCACUCAACGUGCACUCAACUCAUUUUUUCGAUAUUAUGACUUUAAAUAGUAAAUUUUCCUAAUAUUAAUGUAUUUAUUUUUAUUAGUUUGAACUUUCAUAAGCGUAUUGUGAUGGAAAUCCUAGAAAACAUUUGUCUUGUAUGUUUGCAAACAAAACACGAAAGAAUAUCCUUCUUCAAUAAGAUUGCAGGAACAUCUCCAUAUGAAAAGGUGGUGAAAUAUACAAGUUUCAGUAUCAAGCCUUAUGAUGGGCCGGCGUGGAUUUGUAAAGAUUGUGUUAAUGAAUUGGUUGUAGUAGAAAAGUUUGUAGCCAAAUGUGAACAAUCCAAUGAAGUAUUGUGCGACUAUUUUAGCCAUGAAAAUGUUUCAGAUGCUGUGGACAUUGUUACAAAUAAGGCUGCUGCAAUUAAUGAGGAACCAGAAUGUGAUGACACCUGUGUUAAUAUAAAUGAUAGCUCAUUUGAAAGGAGAGAUAAACCAAGUGUUGACCAUAGCCCUAACAAGAAAAGUGAGCGAGUCAGAAGAGUAUGCCCUGUGUCUGGAUGUCACAAGUCAUUCACAACUAAGACCAACCUGUCCACACAUUUGAGAAUACAUAAUGGCGACCGGCCGUUCCCGUGUCACGAGUGCGGGAAGGCGUUUAGAAGUAAGAACACUCUCAACAAUCACAUGAGAAUACAUACUGGUAUAAAGCCCUACAUCUGCCCGACGUGCGGCAAACAGUUCAGCACGAACAAGCUGAGCGCACACAUGCGCACGCACGCGGCGCGCACACACACGUGCGCCGUGUGCACACGCGCGUUCACGCACACACGCGCACUAGUGUUACACGCACGCACACACGCGCCGCCCGUGCGCAAGUAUGUGUGCGUGGCGUGUGACGUCACCUACAAUCAUAAACAGUCGCUGAAUAAGCAUGUGCGGAAGAGACAUACGCAGGAGUCGAUGGCAUCCGGGUGAUAAACAUAGAUUAGUUAUUAUAUUUAAUAAGGUUGUGUUAUCUAGUCAUUUAUUUAAAUAAAUUAUUCUCAAUUUACAAUUUUUAUUUGAAAUUUGUGGCAGGUAAUGUUAUGACAUUU